AGUGCAUCUAUCAAUGACUUGAGAUGAGCAGGUUGUCCUCCACAGUCACGUGGUCACUGAGCAUCCUUGGCAGAUCCAGCAGGCUGCGUGGCGUGUCUUCACUGGGUUACAGGAUGGACCAGCUCGACUGUGGCCGUCUGUAGCCGCAGCAUCUCGUUCGCUUCUAGUUUCCUGCCGCUGGACCGCUCUCCGAAACCGCAGGUUAUGCCACCCCAAAGGCUUCCUGGAUCUCCAGCCGUGAAAGAGAAGGGCUGAUCCCCGUCCUCCUCCAGGUUCCUGCUGCUCUGCACCCCAUCUUUCCCCUCCUUCCUUCUCCUGCUAACUCCCCUUUCCAGCGGCACAAACCUGCCCGACUCUCACACCUACAUAAUCCCUGCCACCCUUGUCAUCUUCCACCUCUGAGUGUUUGUCCAGUCACUUCGCCCUCCCUCUCCCACAGCAAUUCCUUACCCAGUCUCCUAGUUUUAUCCCAGCCACACUAGCUGACAUUUCCUGCAGGCCCCUGCUCUCGUGAGAGAUCUACUCUUUACCUACUGGCUGCUCGCCAGGCCUCAUGGCUACAGGAGGACAUGCCCCUGACAUAGAUGUGUUGAUCAACCUACAGCAGGUGAAGGUGGAGGAGGAGGAUGAGGAUGGAUCUGUGGAGGAACAGGAGGAAGAGGAAGAGGAGGAGGAGAACUGGGAGAAAGCCCUGUCUGUGGAGCGCUUCGGAGACAUCAUCAGCGACUCUGCUUCCACCAGUGGAGACAGGAUGGGCAGACACUACACUGAGAAGGACUUUGAGUAUCACAGACACACAUUUCACCACACGCACCACCCCUUGUCCACCCACCUGCCUGUGCCACAGCGUUUACGUAAGAGGGUGCACAGUACGGACAGAAGGCGCAAAAAGAAACGUAAGAAAAAAAAGACCUCACUGCCCCCCUCCGAUGUGACGCCCACCAUACACGAGGUAGACGAGGAAGAGGCGGAGUCUGAGACGGAGGCACCUGGGGUGGCUGCCACGCCCACAGAGCUGCCUGACAUCCAGCCACAGUUUAGUUUGGGGAGCCAAGAGGACUUGGAAGAACCCCUGCCACUCACUACUGUCCACACGGAAAACGAAGAGCAUCCGCUGUCGAGGAAAACCGCACUGACUCUGAUAAAGGAAGCAGCUCAUAAUGGGGAUAUUACUGUUCUUGGACAGAAUGACGAGGUGGAUGGAGAAGAAGCGGCAUGCAACAGUGUUCCCCCAGGCUCAGAUCCCUCCAGUUCAACCUCCCCCCGUGGCUGGUUCCGCAGGAAGCCCGUCCACCAUCGACUGCCUGGGGCCCAGCGAAGCAACUAUGAUCUGCGAGAGCGGAUCUGCAUUGGCAGCAUGACUGCUCUGGAGACUGCCGUCUACCAGCAGGUGCCCACUGAUGAGGCCGAGGCCCAGAUGUUGGCCAGCGCUGAUCUGGAUGACAUGAAGAGUCACAGAUUUGAGGACAACCCCGGGGUGCGACGCCAUUUGGUAAAGAAAUCGUCCCGAUGUCAGAUGACCCGGAGCAGCAACAGUUCUACACCACUGUCCAGCCUGAAGAAAAAGAAGAGGGCAGCAGAUAAGAAAACUCAUGAGUUGUUCGUGGAGCUGAACGAGCUGAUUGUGGAGAAAGACCAUGAAAUGCGCUGGAAGGAGCGUGCUCGCUGGAUCAAGUUUGAGGAGGAUGUGGAGGAGGAGACUGACCGCUGGGGCAAACCUCAUGUGGCCUCGCUCUCCUUCCGCAGCUUGCUGGAGCUUCGCCGCACCAUCACACAAGGUGCCAUCCUUUUGGACCUUGAGCAGAACUCUCUGCCCGGCAUCGCCCAUCUGGUGGUGGAGACGAUGAUCAUCUCUGAUCAGAUCAGAGCAGAGGACCGAGCCAGCGUUCUGCGGGCUCUGCUUCUCAAACACAGCCAUCCAAGCGAUCUGAAACAUCGUUUUCACCGCCACCACUCAACCAGCAGCCUUCACGGCCCCUUCAGUCACAACCAUGUCCAGGACUCCAAUCUGCCCCUGGUGGCUGAAGAGCACGAUGAACAUCCAGAUAACAAAGGGGGGGUAUACGACCCCAAACAAGAUGUGUUUGUCAGCCUUUUUAAAUCUCUCCACCCUCUGCCUCCUGAGAGCCAUCCAGCUUGCGCCAGAUCUAUGAAACUCCUCGCCAAGAUUCCCAAAGACGCUGAAGCUGUCAUUGUUUUAGUUGGGUGUGUUGAAUUUCUGGAGCAGCCAGCGAUGGCCUUUGUCAGGCUGAAUGAUGCCGUCCUCCUGGAGUCAGUGCUUGAGGUUCCUGUCCCUGUUCGAUUUAUUUUCGUCCUGAUCGGCCCCAGUCAGUCCAAUGUGGACUAUCAUGAGAUUGGACGUUCCUUCUCCACUCUCAUGUCUGACAAGAACUUCCAUGAAGUGGCCUACUUUGCUGACGAUAGACAGGACCUCCUGAAUGGUAUCAAUGAAUUCUUGGACUGCAGCAUUGUCAUUCCACCCUCCGACGUGGAGGGCAAAGACCUCCUGAAGACAGUGGCUGACUUCCAGAAGCAGAUGCUGCGCAAGAGAAAGGAAAGAGAGCUCAAGAAGCAGCAGUCCUCAUUUGGAUUGGAGCAGGACAACAAAGAGGUGAGUCCGGAGGAGGAAGAGGAGGGAGACCAGGAAGUGGACCCAUUAAAGCGCUCAGGGAUCCCAUUCGGAGGCCUGAUCCAUGACAUCCGUCGGCGCUACCCACACUAUGUCAGCGACCUAAAAGAUGCUCUGGACAUGCAGUGCAUCGCGGCCGUCAUCUUCAUCUAUUUUGCCGCGCUGUCACCCACGAUUACAUUCGGAGGCCUGCUGGGGGAGAAAACAGACGGCAUGAUGGGAGUGACUGAGCUCAUUGUUUCUACUGCAGCUCUUGGAGUUAUAUUCUCGUUGCUUGCUGGUCAGCCACUUCUCAUCAUCGGCUUCUCAGGACCCUUACUGGUGUUUGAAGAAGCCUUCUACAAGUUCUGUCAGGCCCAAAACUUUGAGUAUCUGACUGCUCGAGUGUGGAUCGGUUUCUGGCUCAUCUUCAUUGUUCUGGUGAUUGUGGCAGCAGAGGGCAGUUUCCUUGUCCGCUACAUCUCACCUUUUACCCAGGAGAUUUUUGCCUUCCUUAUCUCCCUCAUCUUCAUUUAUGAGACUUUCUCUAAGCUCAUCAAGGUGUUUAGGGAACAUCCACUGAUGGCAUUGUACCCCUCCGACUUCAACCCGACUGCUGAGAUGCAAAAUUUUGGUGAUCCUGUCUUCAACCAGCCCAACACUGCUCUUUUGUCUUUAGUGCUCAUGAUGGGCACUUUCUUCGUGGCAUUCUUCCUCAGGAAGUUCAGAAACAGUCGGUUUUUAGGUGGCAAGGCCAGAAGAAUUAUUGGUGACUUUGGCAUCCCGAUCUCAAUCUUAGUUUCGGUUCUGGUGGAUUACUCAAUUACUGACACUUACACACAGAAACUCAAUGUGCCAUCAGGAUUUUCAGUCACCUCCCCUGACAAGAGAGGCUGGUUCAUCAGUCCCUUUGGUGACAAGCAACCUUUUCCAACCUGGAUGAUGGGAGCGUCUGUUGUCCCUGCCCUUCUUGUCUUCAUUCUCAUCUUCAUGGAAACUCAAAUCACUUCAUUAAUAGUCAGUAAGAAGGAGCGUCGUCUGGUUAAAGGUUCCGGCUUCCACCUGGAUCUCCUGCUCAUUGUUAUCCUCGGUGCUAUCUGCCCGCUGUUCGGCCUGCCGUGGCUCACUGCAGCCACGGUGCGCUCUGUCACUCAUGUCAAUGCACUCACGGUCAUGAGCAAGGCCACGGCUCCCGGCGAAAAGCCAAUGAUCCAGGAGGUGAAAGAACAGAGGCUGACCGGGCUUCUGGUGGCUGUUCUUGUUGGUAUGUCCAUAGUGAUGACCGAUAUGCUCCGCCUCAUCCCUCUGGCUGUUCUCUUUGGUAUCUUCCUGUACAUGGGGGUCACCUCUCUGACGGGCAUCCAGCUCUAUGAACGUAUUACACUCAUGGUGACGCCUGCCAAGCACCACCCUGACCACAUCUACGUCACCAAGGUGAAGACAUGGCGGAUGAACAUGUUCACCAUCAUCCAGCUGGCAUGCAUCGUGGCUCUGUGGGUAGUGAAGUCCACUGUGGCCUCGCUGGCGUUCCCCUUCGUCCUCAUCAUGACGGUGCCGCUGCGCCGCCUCAUCCUCUCCAGGAUCUUCGAGGAACGUGAGCUCCAGGCGCUGGAUUGUGAUGAAGAUUCUCCAAACUUUGAUGAAGAUGGACGAGACGAGUACAACGAGAUCCACAUGCUUGUGUAAAUUUGAACUGGACCCAGCCAAUAGGACCUCCUUCAUCCUCCAGCUCUGACCAAUCAGAGCAAGCAAGCCUCUUUGGGAACCUCAGUGUCUCUGGGUAGCAGUGACAAAGUGAGAGGAGCUACUGUAAUGGUGUUUCUAAAAUAUACAAAAGCUAUAGCUGGAUAAGCACUUCUUACCUUUGUUUAUACCAGUUUUUUAAAACGGCACAGCUGAUGUUAGGUCUUUGUGGUGGUGGUGUUGUGUUUAACCUCCCUGAAGACGUUAUUCUGUCAGAGACCACAAAAUAGAUCUGAAUGCAUACCUGAAGUGGACGAUACAAAUCUAGUUAAACACAAAACUUACAUGAACACUUUUUAUCCCUUUAAUUACUCUGCAGGUUCUGGGCAUAAGUGCAAUGAUGACGUGACCUCUAGGACUACAGCAGGCUGAAAUAUUUAGGCAAAUUUUGGCACUGAACAGUGAAAAAAAAAUCAAUUGGCUGUAUUUUUUCAUGAAAAAAGUGGAUUUUCAUCAAAUUCAUAACUGUUCAGAUGAAUUGACUCUGUCAAAGCCCUGAAUGAAUUUCACUGCCUUUGUAGUUUAGCUGCCUUUUUUCCUUUAUACUCCUGCCCUUGCCUAUAGGUUGCAAUGAUGUGCAAACAAGGAGUUAAGUAGUCCUUUUCCUUUCUGUACAGACUUUUAGAAAUGAGCACUUUGACUGGGCAAAAGUUCACUCUUGUCGCUGCCAACCGAGCUCCCUGGCACAAAGCCCUCUCUCUAAAUGUAGUCUCCCCUUGAAGCCAAAAUCCCUGGAGGCUGUGCAAGCCUCUUCAAGGGUUGUUACUGUACUUUGUUAGGUGUUUAAUGCCCUACAUACCAGUCCACUGAUCUCAUUAUUGUGACCUUGGAUGUAUAAGUAAAUAGCUAACAUGGUCUCAACCUUAUUUUUCUACUUUGUUGUAUCUAUUUAUUUUGUGACCUGUUGGACUUAAUGCCAGAUUCUCAGUUGUGUUUAUACUCCAAAUAGCUUCGACUACUAUAAGAGUUAGUAUAAAAUAAAAAAGAACAUUGUGUAGGUUGACAUGUUCAAAACAGAAUAUAUGUCAUUAUUCAUCCAUUCUUUCAUCUUCUCUGCAAGAUUUCCAUAGCGUGGUGCAUUUUUCAACAGAUGUCAUGAAUAAUAUAAUAACACUCGACUGGAAAAGCACAGAAACUGAGCAAACACACAAGUAGUGAAAACGAUGGGGAGCAGUCGAGUGUUGGCAGGAUGUAUGAAUGAUGCAUUGUACAGAAAGACUGUGAGCUUGGAAUUAUAAUGUACCAUCUGUGUUCAUAGUUGUUUUAAAAUACCAAGAGAUUUCUUUUUCACUUCUAUAUUGCGAGCCCACUAUAGAACACUUCUCAGAAAUGUUCCUUCUGUCACACACAAUGCAUCUUUCAUAACAUGAAAUGACACACAAUUAAAUAGGAGAAGUAACCAUUUUGUAACAAAAGUCAGAAUUUGAUGGGAUUUCACUGAGGACUGUAUGUUUGACUAUCUUCAGACAAAUGGUCCCAGCAGCUAAAUAUUUCAUCUUUUAGCGGUAGUCCAUGAAUGUUGACCGAUGGGGGAAAAAAAAAAAAAAAAAGCCUGAUCUGAACCAUUGAGAUGUUAGUUGGAUGGUCAGUAACUGCUGUCCAAAACAUAUUUCUUUUUAAGAAGAGGGAGUAGCAUAGAAGUGAGCCAAUAUAUUUGAUUUAUUCUUAUUUUUUGCAUUUAUUGACCUCCUUUUUAUAACUGACUCAUUUGGGAAACCUUAUUUCCUCUGUUUCCUGAAAAGUCAUGGAUAAUCUUUUUUUUCUUUUGAAACACGGUUCAUAGUCCAUUGUAUUCCGACAAGACUUGAUAACUGAUCACGUUCAAGGACAGUAUAGAUGGCACGAGUUCUAACCCUAACUCAAACUUCAUGCUCUGGGAGUUAGCCAGAAAGAGUUAACCAAUUCAGAACAGAAGCUUUGUGCACACUGUCCCGAUUCUCAAAUAACUACUUCAAUAUUUAGUCAAUAAAUGUAAAAUUUUCUGAGAAAAGUGUAGAUAGAAAAGUCAGUAAAGACAGAGACUGUGUGGCAGCUCAGGACGUUUCUGUAAAUCUGUACCAAAUACUACAGAAGCCCUGAAAGGUCAUGGCGAGAAUAUUUGUUGGACUGCUUUUGCAUUAAGUCUCAGUACUUCUGCGUUCCCUCACCAUAACUUUUGUUUUACCUUGCACAGGUUUUGUGUUACUUCAUAGUAUGUGUCACCAUUAAUCCAUGGAGAAAGCCUGAGUUGUAUUGUGGAACAAUAUCAUGUCUUAUAACCAUAUAAAAGAAGGGCGUAGUCUCCAAAUCGGAAAGUAAAGCCAACCCAAAGGUGACUUAAACCUGCACUCUUUCUAACGGCCACCUGGGGGCGACUUCUGUGGUUGCAAAAAGAAAUUUAUUGUACAGAAGCUUGUAAGAAAACAAUCGUAUUUCUCACUUGAUUUGUUACCUCAGAAAAACUAUUUCCAGAAUGAGAUUAUGGUCUCAGUCAAGUCAAGUCAAAUGUCAAGUCUCCUUCAAUACAGCAUGAUGUUCAUUUUAUGAAAUAUGUUCCCAUCUAGAGUAAAACCAACAAUAAAGCAAAGUAUGUUUAAGGGCAAAGCUACCAUGCCAUUGACAGGUUGCUAACAUAUCAGUGUGUCCUCAAGUUCUCAACCCUCACUUGUUGACCAAGAUGGCGACGGCCAAAUUCGAGGUUUUAAGACUUAAGACUAUGUCCAUUUUUUUCUGUCUAUGAUUAUAAUAGACUGUUGCUUGUUGUGACUACAGUGACAGUUGGUGUACCCUCAGCUGUGGCUAUCAGGGUCUAGUCUGUACCAUUGCAUUUAGAAAAGUAACUUCAUCAUGCAGACUUGGGAUGGCACAUCUGUCACUACAACUGUAGCCAUAGUUAUGCUUUGCUUGUUACAGUUAUGGCUGCAACAAAUUCAGUUUAAAUGAUUCUAACGCUGACUUAAUUCUGUAGUUGUGUCUGUAUAGUGAUGGUUUGGUUUGCUGAGCGUUGUACUGAACUUAUUAUAUUGUUAGGUUUAGGGGUUAGGGUUAGGAUAUCCUGGAUAUCUUUGGUGUUUUGACAACAUGUGUCAUAGAAGCAUCACAAACAGUAGUACAGCUGGACAUAUCCAUAAUUCCUUAGAUUUAACCACAGAAGCAGCAGUUCUUAGCAAAAAAACAUAUAUCCAGCCACAGUUUCACCAUCCCAGCCAGGCUGUGCUCACAGAGAUUGGCCAUUUAAAAUGAAUAAUGAGCACUAAAUGCAUUGUGUAAAUUGUCACAUCAUCUCCCCGUCCUGCAGAGCCUUUAACUGGCACCGGAACAACACGCUAACAACACGCUAACUGUAUGAAUUCUAUUGCAAGGUAAUGCAAAAGUAGUCGUCAAAGUGUUGUUGCCGUGAUCUUUCAGGCAUCCCUUAAAAGACAACUAAACCUCAUUGAAAACAUAUUUGUAAGAAUCAGCAGUGCACUAUAAUGUAUCCAUGCUAACCACAUCUCAUUUCACAUAACCAUGUCCUACAUUAUGAGCCAUGCAACAAUUCUGUCUCAGGGGAUACUGACCUUUGAUCUGUAAAUAGUGCUUCCCAGCCUUUAGUUUGUCGUUCUUUUGUGUACAUAAAGCGGUCAAGGCAAUCCAACACUUGCAAUGUAAAAAUAUAUGACUUACAGUCCAGGCUUUUAUGUUAUACAAUGGAGAAAAGAAGGUCAGGGAAUGAGAAUGAAUGUGUUUAAUGCAGUGAAGUGAUGCAGAAGUUUAACCAUAAAUGAAUCUUUUGCUCCCUGAUUGUUCUCUUUAGAUGUACACUUGAAGCUCCACUUUGAUGUGAAGCGUACACCUGCUGCAGUCUGUGUUUAAUUCUGCAGCUCCCCAAGUUAAUGAGUCAUAGAAUGUGCUUUACAUUAGCCCUCUGUAGCAGUUUCAUUGAAAAUGGGCUGCGUUAUUAAUGGACCUUUUCAACCAUGUGUUUAUGUUGCAGAGUUUGAAGAAUGCAAUGGCAAAGUAAGGGCAAAGACACUGGGAUGUUUUCUCUAUUACACUUGCUCCACUAUAUUCAUGA